AUGUCCAUUUUUUCCAGGCGGUUAAUGCCAUUGGAUCAUCAUUUUCGGGCAGAAAUCUAUGUGGGUGGUGUGAAUGUUGCCUGCCCGCGACCUGGCGUGAAUGCGCAAAGUCACUUCAUCUUGCCCGAUCAAAAUUGGAUCGAUGGCGUCUCGAAUGAUCAAAACACUGUCCGACAAUUUGUUGCUCUCGGUUCAGAAGCCAAUGCCAAUUCUAUUGAACAAGAAGUGAGGGAUAGAUGCUCGAAAAUUGGUGGCCGCAUUGAGAUCAAACUCAUUGCUACAAAGUUGUUCCGCCAACUCGAGGCCCUUGAUGAGAUCCCAAUCCCACCCGAGACUGGACAGGAAUACCAGAUCUUUGUGAAAACCCUUACUGGCCGCACGGUCACUGUCCGAGUUUUAUCGUCAUAUACUCUCCUGCAACUCAUGGCUCUCAUCCACAGGGAAGAAGGCACCCCACCAAGGCACCAAAUUCUCCUUUUUAAUUCGAAAUACCUCGCAUAUGAGCAAAGUAUUUCCGAUUUGGAGAAAACCCUCGAAUUCUACCAAAUUAAAAAGGAGUCGACUCUAUCUCUCCGGAUCAGAGCGCGCGGAGGAGGCCCUGGCGAAGCCAAAGGACCUAGAGAACCGGCUGUUUACCCUGGCGGUCUCAUCAGACAACAAGUCAAGCUCGACACCACGGCAGAGGAGCAAUGGAGCACCGAACCGCUGGUCGUCUUGAAUUUUCGAGUCGUCACCAUCGCCGACUUCAACCGCGAUGCCCAGACAAGCCUGCCAGUUGUCCGGGGUCCGUCCAUCGCGGAUAUGAGAAAUGUUUUGACCUCACCCAGACUCUACCCGGAGUCUCCGGACGCCAUACGCUCCAUCGCCAUGACUGGUGCCCCCCGUGGUACAGCCGGCGCAGCCCCAGCCCGAGGCUCCACGCCCACGGCGUCCGCACCCGGAGAGACAGAGCAUGACACUCGGCGCUCGUGGCGGUACACUUCCAGGAGGCACGCAGCAACCACAGAGAAAAAGCCAAGGCUACCGUGGCGGCGGCCAUGA